CAACACAUUAUUUUCUUAUACAAAAAUGGGUUCCUCGGACAUUCCGGAUCCUAUUACCGAUUUUCAAAAUUACCAAGCUUCUUUAUUCAAAGCGAUCACCUCAGCCACCAAUGCUGCCAAUUGCAUUCCUGUGGAAGAUCUAGGUUUCUUUCGUUCAUUGGAUCGCCAUUUUGCCAGAGACUUGGAUCAAUCGGGUGAAGCUCUUUUGAACCUGGGUAACAAACUGACAGCUCAUUGUGCAAAAGAUCUUGGAGUGGGUACCGAUCAAAAAAUGGACGACAUUGAUGAUGUGAACGAUCGUUUCUCAAGUGUGAUUGAUGUCAUUGAUGGAUUAUUCGAACGUGCGGAUGUUUGUUUGGACGAAAUGACCGGCAAAAAUAACAACAAUGCAGAUGAUAUUGUGGCGAAGAAUAAUCGAGCAGAAGUGACUCAGAUCUCUCAACAAUCAAGUACAGGUGACAAGUUAGAAUACAAACUACUUCAUGCUAGCAAUGUAGUUCGACCUCAAUUGCACUUUAAGGAUCGUAUUGACAAUUCUAGUACGGUUCCCUUUGAACGCAAGAUUACUGUCAAACCUCAUGCUAUGGUACCUUUGGAGAAACAACAACCUAUUACCGAUAGUGUCAUUGCCUCUGGUAUUCCUCCUGCCAUGCCUCAUCCUUAUGCCUAUGAAAUCGAACAUAUUACCUAUCCUGAUCAUCUCUUUGAAUCUCGUGAUCCUAUUAUGUAUUCAUCCUUUGAUGAUACUGAAGCGAUUUGGGUUGACUCUGAACAAGCUCUGGAUAGUAUGCUCAAAGAUCUCGAAGGUGUGCAAGAAUUAGCUAUUGAUUUGGAACAUCAUAAUUAUCGCAGUUUUCAAGGGUUUACUUGUUUGAUGCAAUUGAGUACUCGUGAUCAAGACUAUAUCAUUGAUACUUUGACCUUACGACAUUUGCUCUGGAAACUCAAUGAUUACUUUGCUGAUCCAAACAUUGUCAAGUUACUUCAUGGUGCGAAAAGUGAUAUUAUCUGGUUACAACGGGACUUUGGUGUUUAUAUUGUGAAUUUAUUUGAUACAUAUGAUGCCACUCAUUUAUUGGAAUUCCCUCAUCAUAGUCUGGCUUAUCUAUUGAAAAAAUACUGCAAUGUAGAUGCUGACAAAAAAUACCAAUUGGCUGAUUGGAGAAUUCGGCCAUUACCAAAGGAAAUGAUCGACUAUGCUCGAUCUGAUACACACUAUCUUUUAUAUAUCUACGAUCGAUUACGGGAAGAAUUACUGGCUGGAUCUGGAAGCAACGAAAAUUUAUUACGGGCAGUGUUACAACGAUCGGCAAUGACAAGUGCUAAAGUUUAUGAAAAGGAGGUCUAUGAUGCUGAACAUGGUAGGGGACCAGGUGGAUGGUACAACUUGCUGAUAAAGUGGCGACAUUCUAUGAAUCAACAACAACUUUGUGUAUUCAAGGCAUUACAUCAAUGGCGCGAUACAACUGCAAGACAAGAAGAUGAAUCCGUUCGAUUUAUCCUUCCCAAUCAUAUGUUAUUUGCUUUGGUGGAACGUAUGCCUACUGAUUCUCCUGGUGUCAUUGGUUGUUGUAAUCCUUGUCCUCCUAGUAUUCGUAGAAAUGCUCAAGCUAUUUAUAUGUUAAUCCAACGUGCCAAGAUGGAAGGUCUUGCCAUGGAUAAAGAGACUGAUCACAAACUUUCUUUAGAUAGACAACCAAUCAGCAAUAACACUGUUGUCACGACAUCAUCAAUACAACAAGAACAACAAGAACAACCAAUAAAACGACCAGUGAAGAAAGUGGAUCCUUCGGUAUUUGAUUUGGAAAAAGUAUAUCAACAACGUCAAGACAUAGUCAGUCAAUUGGCAGCAACACAUUCUGUUUUAUUUGGACCCAACAAACAAGCUACUAUUACCAAAGAGGAAAUGGAUGCUCAAAAGAUCGCUGGACAUAUUCGUGCUACAAUGACCAUCACCCUACCUUUUGAUGAAUUGAAAAUUAAGGCUGUACAUGAUCAUACUUCUAUUCGACAACAACAAGAAGAAAAAUCAUCUAUAAAAGAAUCAUCUACAACAGAAGAAGAACAUAUAUAUGCACCUGCCGAUCAACGAGAAACUAAGAAGAAACGCAAAGCAAAUGAUAAUGAAGUCAUUACAGUGAAAAGUCUUGGAACCAAAAAGAAAUCCAAAAAGAUAAACUAGUGAUAGAUUAUUAUUAUUAUUAUUAUUAUUUAGCUAUAGAAAUAUAUUCUUUCCAUUGUACAUUCAUUUUUUUU